AUGAAAAAAACUCCGACAUGUAAAUCUGAAACUGAACUUUUGAGUGAGUUAGGGUUAGAAAUGUAUUACCCUGAUAAGAUUGCUUUAUUUGAUAUAGUAAAGAUCCAACCAAGUCAUUCUAACAUUGAGCUUAGUAAUAUCCCAUGGGUAUUUUUAGAGAACAUAAUUUCUUUGAACUAUCAUGCUCGCGAUACAAUUUUAGAAGAACGUUUAGAACAUUCUAAAUGUGUACCUGAUAAAUUUGAUAUGCAGGUUGACUUUUUAGAUGAUUUACUUGGAAGUGAUGCAUUAUUAAAUAGAGUGAAUCCAAUUGAUUUGACCGUUGCUAUAUUCAAUUGUUGUUCUCCAGUAGUAAAACAAAUUAUUGCCUCAAAAAUGUUUAUGUGCCGUCUUGCCAUUCCAUUUGUCUUUCCACAAUGCAGAAACGAAGCCAUGUUAGUAUCUAUUUGGCCUAUUCGACAAGUUUUAAUAGAGAGAGAACUAUCUCAUAUUGGUGCUGUUGAUUGCCCUUGUAAUGUUGUUUCAUUUGUUCGGAUUGGGUAUACAUCAGUUUCGAAGUCUAGAAUGAUAAAUGAGAUAAUUUCAGACCAGUAUCAUUGUACAUUCUUCAACAAAGACAGUCCUCUUGGUUCAACUAAAAGAUGGAUAAGCAAUGGAUUGGUUGACAUGGCCUGGUAUAUACCAUCGACGAACAGUAGACUUCUUUCUAAUGUCACUGCAUGUCUAAAUCUAAGAGGUGAUUGUGAUAUACACAGACCACAGCUCCGUUUUAUGUCACUUUUCUCAGAUGCUAUUGUCAUUAUGGUGGAUAUUCAUGAAAUGAAGAACGAACGGUUUAUGGAGCUAAUUACAGAAGUUUACAACACAAACGUGAUGGUCAUUUUGUCCAUUGAUGCUAUCCGGUGUAAUAAAGAGGUGUUGAAAAAAGAAUUAAAAACGUUCUUAAGUAGAUCAGCCAUGCAUGAGGCCCGAACUAAAAUAAAUAUCAUGGCAGUGAACGGUAUUGUAAGAAAUAUUUCUGACGUAAAAAAAGAAAUGAGAAAUAACAUUUCUGAAUUUGUAUUAAAACGUUCAUUGUUGUCUCUCUGGCAGAGGUUACAAGCAGAUAUGUGUAAAGAAAUGAAUUUAGACGAAAACAAGAUUGUAUACAGUGCUAUGAAAGAAGCGGCUGACCAAAUAACAAGCUUUAUUCCAAACAUGUCCUCAAGCAUUAAAGCACAGCUCCUACCACUCCAGGGUGUGCCUUGGAAAGAAUGGAGCCAGAAUUUAAAAACGGUCAACAAAUCGUCGAAGUACAAAAAUAUGCAAGAAAAUGGUCUUAUCAGAAAUAAAAUGAUCGAAGCCAGACUAUCGCAGUUUCAUAUUUGUGAAAAUCUCGGUCCUUUCAUGAGCAUGUUUAUUGAUAAAAUACUACAAAUUUGA